CCUCUCCUCUCCUCCUCCCAUCUCAUCAUCUCAUGGCCGCCUCGCGCGUCGGCGACCCGGCGGAGUCCUCGCGCCUGCGUAUCGGCGACGAGAUCGCGUGGUCCGAGAUCAGCGGCGUCUACGACCGCGACGACUCGCUCAAGGAGAACACCAACCCCAAGUGCCUCCUCAAGAACCACCCCGGCGGAGGCGGAGGCGGAGGCGGCCAGGCCAACGGCUCCUCGCAGCGGUUCUCUGGCAACCUCAAGCCGACGGCGGCGCCCAUCAUCGGCCUCUCCGGCAAGCUCGGCCAGGGCGGCGCGCGGCGGCACCACCCGCCUGCCAUCUUCCCCAAGAAGGCCAAGACCGGCGGCGGCGGGCGCGCGCCCAGGGCCGCCGUCCCGGAGCCCAGCUCGCCUAAGGUGUCCUGCAUCGGCAAGGUGCUCUCGGACCGCGAGCGCGGGCGCCUGGGCCGCCCGCCGCGGCCUCGCGGCGCCGCGGGCGGGUGCUGCGGAGGCCUAGCGUUCUUGAUGCGGCGGAGCAGGUCCAGGAACAGCGUCGAGUGCGUCGACCAGUCUCCUCCUCCUCCGCCGCCGCCCCUGGCCGAGGCGUCCAGGCGGAGGGAGAAGAGGGAGUCGGCGCAGGAGGCGGAGGCUGAGCCGGCGCCGGGGCUGGGCGGCAUGCGGCGGUUCGCGUCCGGGCGGCGGGCUGCGGAGUGGGCGGCCGAGGUGGACGGCGACGGACGCGUCGCGACGUCUGGGCCGUUGUAGCGCGUGCGCAGGUGGGUAGGCAGGCCCCCGUGUAGUAGGCGGUUUGGGUGCGUGGGUUUCGGUUUGCUUUGUUGCUCUUUGUACACACUUGUUGAAAUUAGAUUAGAAAUUGAGAUUUUGGCUUGUCAAGCUUUUUUGGUUGCUC